AUGAAUAGUAUGCAUCCUUAUCAACAAGAUGAUUAUGGAAAAGAGAAAAAGACAGCAUUGGAGAACAUAACAAAUAACAUCACUAGUUGGUUCAAGAAAUCGUUGGUCGAGCCUCCGCAGAUUCCAAAACAGCCGCUUAAUUCGGAUUUCGCAGCCCCUUUAGCUCCAGACUUGGAACAGAAUAGCAUAACAAGAAAUUUUCUUACUACUGGGAGUCCAUCUUGUCCUCCUACAGUUCCACACACUCAAAAUGCUGAAAACGUGUAUACACCACGAGGAAUACCAAUAAACGAGUAUUUUCUCAACUACGAAAAGCUGCCUCUAGAACACACUAACUUGGUCGAAGAGAUAGAUACACGUAGAGAAAUCAUCAACUCAUUCGAUGAUAAUGUAAGAGACUUGGUUGAUGGCUCUGAAAAUUUCUUGACGAGUUGCAUCCAUGGAGUGUGGAAUUUUACAUCAUUAAUGUGUACAACAUGUCUUGUACCCCUUGACUGA